ACCUACCAUACUACUACGGCAUUUCGCGGGCACGGUGUUAUGACGUCACUAUUGUGCGCAGGUCAUAGUGACCACAACAAUGGCCGCGGUUGACGGCCGACGUCUUAAUCUCGAGGAUUUUGUCGGACUAAAUUGGAGUUGCUGGGUGGACGGAGUGAAUAUUUUGACAUCGGAUGCUGGGACGUGUCCACAAGGAGCCAGCAAGUAUGGGAGGAGGUGCCGUGAGAGCAUGAGCCUCUGGAAAGAAGACAUGCACAUCUAUGGCGAGUUUCCCUCCCGUGACAACUUCUACUUGGUGGUGUGCAGCCACUGUGACCAAGUGGUGAAGCCGCAAGCCUUUGAGAGACACUGCGAGAGGCGACACAGCCUUCUCCCCAAGACGUGCACACAGUGGCGUCGCUUGGCCCCUCAGCCGCGACCUCGCCCCUAGCUGCCCUGUCAACCUUUUCCCCUCCACGGAGGAUGUUGGACAUCUGGCAGAAUUGACUUUCAGCUCCAAUGCGGCCUCCCCUUGCCACCAAUACAAGCCUGUCAAAGGCCAAAAGGAAGAUGGGAGUCUGUCUUCAGCAGUGAACCUGCCCAUUCCUCACCAGUCUGCUUCCAUACUUCAGAGCGGGGGUCCUCCGUCUCAGCCCCCGGGCCUCGGUUGUUCCUCUUCGUCCACUAUUUCACCCUCAAAGAGAGCCCCUACGCUUGCAGCCGAGCGCUCAAGUGACUCUCCUGCUCCACCUCUGCAGGGAACAAUAACCCACAGCCAGAUUUGCAGAAAUGCUGGAAAGCAAGAUUGUGACCGUGAAGAAUCAACGCUGUGGACCAGAGCCACAAGGACAGAAAACACCCUGCAAACGAGUAUGCAAUACUGAAGGUGCCUCGGUGGCCUUGACGCGGCAUGCUGCAGGUCGACAUGUGGAGCAGCAUCAUUUGGACAAACAGAAAAUAGAAAAUGUGAAAAACUGCCACAUUCUCAGACCCCAAAGGUUCCUGGACUACAAAGGUUCCUGGACCCCAAAGAUUCUUGGCCCUCAAAGUUCCCCAGAUCCCAAAGGGCUACAUCACAAAGGUUUCCAGAAGACGAGGCAGAUGGCACAGUCAGCGUGGAGGUCCAAACCCCGUACCCCUUCAACCAGGGCCUGCUCUCCAGCGAGGAGAACGAGGAUAACGAGCGAGAGGACGCCAUUGACCUGCCUGCAACAUCUUGGCACCCCAAACCUCUUGGUCUAUGCACUUUUGGAUGCCGCACGCUUGGAUGCAGCCUCUUCACCUUCGACAGACGCCUGCACCACCUGCGCUUUGCCCUCGCUGCCAUGUUGGAGCGCCAUGUUAGCUCCCACCUGUGGAAGUUAUUCUGUCCAGAGUGGUCCCGCACGCUCCCGCAGCCUCGCUGCCUCUACCUCACACCUGGAAAGCACACCUCAGGGUACCAAAGUGCCACGACCAACCAAAGGUCACUCCUCCGGUGGGAAAACGUCGCACCAUCCUCUUCGCUCAAGCUCCAACCGCAGGCCUCUUGGACAAAAGCGAAAAUGCGACGGUGACUCGCAGCCUCUCAAGUGUCAACGUUUGAGCCCCUUUCCUUCCUCUUGGACGGGAGGUGGCGUCAGAAAUUUGCUGUCAUGUGCUCCUGGCAAUGGAAAGAGGUCUAAAAGAGCACAAAAGACGACGGAAAAAAGAUGAAGCGGGGAUUAGCGAUCAAGACUGGCCCCCAGUAGCAAAAAUUCAUCAGUAGUGGACCCCCCCCCCC